AUGGUGGGGCGCCCGGCCUCAGCGGCGGCGCGGGUGGCAAACUCCGCGGGGGCGGGCGGCCGGGGCCGGAGCGCUGGGGCCGAGGGCCGGGGUCGGCAGCCGCAUGCUCCGCGCGCAGCUCGGGCUCACUGCGCCCGGGCCGGAGACGGUGGCGGCUGCGCUGGCCCGCACCCCGCCGCCACCAUCCCUCCCGCAGCGCUUGCAGCCGAGUCCUGGGGCCGCCGCUGUCCUGGCUGUCCGGCCGAUCGGGACGCCUGGAGUGUCGCCGCUCAGGAUGGCCCGGGCUGGCGCUCCGGACAGGGGAGGAACUGGCUCCGCGCGGGGGCCCUGACUUGGGCUCCGGGACGCGCCCCGCCCCCGCCCGGCCGCCACUCGGUCAGUUUACGGCGGGGCGGGGCGGGGCGAGCUCCGGGCCGGGCCGGCUCCGCCCUGCUCGGCGACCCGCCAGGGACGUGGAGGCCGGACGGCGCCCAGGUGGAAGUUCUUUCUGGCGCACUUGGGGGCGGGGAGUUCGAGACAACGCAUUUCAUUCGAAUCACGCUGAGCAGUGCCAGCUGUGAUUAUCCAACACAAAUCUAA